UUCAAUCAAAGCUUACAACAGAAGCUUAAAUCCGACUUAAGGAAAAACAUACAAGUUUCAUUGAAAAAAUUAAAAAAGGAAAAUCUUAACAAAAUGUUUAAAAUCUCAGCAAUUUUAUUAGUUUUGGUGGUAGGACAAGUGUGCAGCAUACCCUUAAUACCCUUAAUAGACGAUGAAGACGAUACUGUAGUAGUUGAAGCUAAUACCCUAGAAAAUGAAGUUGAGCAUUCAAAGGAUGUUAUAGAUUUGAGUUUUUAUGGCUCAGCACUAUUUGGGGAGCCCGAUGAUCAACAUACAGCUCGCAUGGUGGCCAAUUAUACACCAGAAGAGUAUAAUGUUAAUCCUGAAGAAUUGGGUACCUAUCUGGAGGGUGAUAUAUUGAUACCCAAACAAAUGGUGAUCAUGAAAAAUGGUCUAACAUCACAAAGUUCACGCUGGCCAAAGGGUAUUGUACCCUAUGAAAUUCGUGGUAACUUUAAUGAUCGUGAUAUGUCCAUAAUUGAAAAUGCCAUCAAUGAAUACCAUCGACGCACUUGUAUACGUUUUGUACCACGCAGCAAUGAACAGGAUUAUGUUUCCAUUGUUAGUGGCAAUUCGGGCUGUUGGUCUUCGGUUGGACGUGUUGGUGGUAAACAAGAAGUGAAUUUACAAUCUCCUGGUUGUUUAACAAAACCUGGUACUGCCAUACAUGAACUUAUGCAUGCUUUGGGUUUCUUGCAUGAACAAAAUCGUGAAGAACGUGACUCAUAUGUGUCCAUUCAAUAUGAAAACAUCCAACCCAGUGCUGUGUCUAACUUUGAUAGAGCUGCUAAGACCAUUGCUUUUGGAGUACCCUACGAUUAUGGCAGUGUUAUGCACUAUUCAGCCAAUGCUUUCUCCACUAAUGGGCGUCCUACUAUUAUUCCUAGGCAAAAUAUGGGCAGUACAAAAAUGGGCCAACGUGAUGGAUUCUCUGCAUCUGAUGUAGAAAAACUUAAUAAAAUGUAUGAUUGUGGUGCCCCAGCUCAAACUCCUGCUCCCGCACCGGGUAGUGGUGGUCAAGGUGUGGAUAACAGUUUGGUUGGCAGUUUUGUUAGUGGCAUUUUAACCGGUUUAGGUUUAGGCGAUGAGCAUUCGUCUUAAAUUUAAAAUAGGACUUAAAAAAUUAAUUGGAAUCAUGGCAAAAUAUAUAAAAUCAAAAUCUAUUAGAUUAUUUAUUCGGACAUGUUAGUUUUUAAGAAAAAUUCUUAUACCAAAGUAUUACAAUUACAUUUUUAAAAAUAAAAUAUUAAUAUUUAUUUA